UGACACUUUUUAAUGUAUAGUUUUAAACUGUACAUACAUUUAUGCAUUUUAAACAAUAGCACUACAUCUGGUGAGAUCAUUCAUACAUGUAAAGAUAUUACUUUUAAUGCCAUAGGUUUAGAAAAAAGGGAAGCGUCAACUUGAUGCCUCCACCCCACCCUUACAGUAUAUAUUACACUGUUUCCUCAGUCAGAUCUCAUCUUCAUCAUGAUCAUCAUCAUCUCUCUGCUCCUGUUGGGCUCUCUGCUGCCAAACCUGAGCUUCACUUUGUCAAGGUGUGUAUAGUGAAUGGCACUAAAGCAACACCUCACUCCAGACCUUACAUGGUUUCUGUUCAGAAGAAUAUGACACAUUUUUGUGGAGGAUUCCUCAUUUCUGAUCAGCUUGUUAUGACUGCUGCAAUCUGCAGAGAUGACAGCGAGAUUCUGACAGUUGUGGCAGGUGUACUUGACUUAGAAAGCAGACAGGAAAACCAUGUCCGCAUUAAUGUUAGAAACUAUACCAAGCAUCCACAAUACAAGACCAAUAGUAACGCACCUUUCAUGGCCGACCUGAUGAUUCUGGAGCUGGAUGAAAAAGUCCAGCUAAACGACAACAUCAAGACGAUUCCCAUACCAAAAACACCUGAGGAGAUCAGUGUGGGCACUGAUUGCAGUGUUGCAGGCUGGGGAAGAAUAACUAAUAGAGGUCCUUUAAGUCCAACCCUCAGAGAGGCAAACGUGAAGAUUAUGAAUAACAGAGUCUGUGCUGAUCGAUGGGGACAGGAUUAUGUAGCUUCACAGAUGAUGUGUGUAUAUGGCAGUGGAGGAUCGUGUUACGGGGAUGGAGGAGGUCCUUUGGUUUGUAACAACACUGCGGUGGGCGUUACAUCCUUUGUACUCAACGACAACUGCAACGAUCCUUAUCGGCAUAAUGUUUAUAUGAAAAUUUCUGCAUUUCUUCCAUGGAUCAAGGACAUAGUACCACUACCACCUAAAUGAAUUCUGCAUAAUAAAGUGAUAUAAAUGCUUGCUAUUAUUUCUUUUAUCUUUCCAAACUGUCAUCUUUUAACAACUCAUUAAACAACAAUUUACAACUGCACUGUACUCAUCACAAACUAUGCUCUAUGCAUUAUGUUUUGUGGUUGUGUGUGUGUUUAAUGGUUGAAUUUCUGAUUUUCUCACAAACUGAUUUUAAAUAAAGCAUUGCGCA